AUGGGAGGUGCCACGCCCAGUAAUGGAGAUCCCGCUGUAAAUGCACUCAAGUUCUUAGAUGUGGUAAACAUGAAUGAUAAGUCGCAAAAAUCGCAUUUUUACAAAAAUACACUAAUGGAAGCGAUGCCGCUGAUACCGAGGAAAUUGUGGUGGCAAAAUGUGUGGCCAAUCUUGCAGGCCGAAAUUAGCAACGGUGAAGUGCUGGCGGCUGUCCUACAACCGACCAUUACACUCAUACAAGAGGCAUCGCCAAGUGAAUACGAGUCGAUUAUGGCGCCGACAAUGAAAGUUCUUUUCCGUUCACCCAAAUCCACCCAGGCUACUGUCACUUUACUGGAAAAUUUACAUCUCAUUAUUGAGAAGACGGCACCUGGGGAUGUUACCGCCGACAUUAUUCCAAUGCUGUUCUUUGCUUUCGAAAGCUCAGCAAUACAAGUGCAGAACGCUGCCGUUGUUGCAGUUACAAACGUAUUCGACAACAUUGAAGAUGUCUUUUUAAGAAGUAUGGUUGUGCCAAAGGUAAAAUCGGUGUUUGAAAAAAAUCUAGCCGAUCCAAAAAUUGUGCAAAUUGUUCUCAUCUGCAUUGAAGGACUGAUGGAUAAACUGGAGCGAGCUCAGGUUAUGAUAGAAGUCCUGCAGCUGCUUGGUGAUGUUCGCAUACCGGAUCCGGAUAUUGUGAUGCAUACAGUUCAUAUUUAUCACAAAAUGGUUGCCGAUAAAACGUAUGGGCUGACGGUGGAAACGGUGGCGAUACACGUGCUUCCAUUACUGAUACCGCACACCGUUAAUCCCGGCUUAAAUCUCGAACAAUAUUGCAUGCUGGUCGAGGUGCUGCAAGAGAUGCUCGAACAAAUUGACCGACAGCAACGUAACAAAUUGAAGCUUGAGAAUCUGUCAAUACCAUCACCGGAACGUCAUCGUCCAUUCAGACAUCAAUUCUCUUCGGAUAACUUGAAUGCACCACCAUUCCAUAUACCCAAUUUGCGAAUCGAUCAGCGGAAAACAUCCAGUGCUGAGGAUAUGGCACAGAAGAACUCUGGAGCUCGUUUAUUUACAGGUUCAGGCAUGCUGGGAGGUUCGUGGUUCGGUUGCUCGCUAUCAUCGCCCGAUAGUAACUUCCCGCGUGUUGCUAAAGCAUUCCCCAACUGGCGUCUCUCGGAUAACACUUUGAUAAAACCGAAAACACGCAUAGCGUCAUCGUAUGCAUCCUCUCCUGGUAGAAUGCCAGGCUCUGGACUGCCAACACGCCGACACUCGAGCAUUGGACCAAAGGAACGCCGUGGCUCGAUAAUCAAUCAGUCCCCGCCUACUACGUAUGGUUUUGGUGCACGCGGUAGUUCCGGAUCGAGGUUUUCGGUACCCUCUUCGUCGGCCUAUGUUAAAUCUCCUUUAUUAUCCUCCAACAAACAGGGUGGAUCAAUGCCGAAUACAUCGAGCAGUUUACCAUUUUCAUUAUCAUCCAGCAUGCCAUCGAUCCGUUCCAGACUUACUUCUACUGUACACUCAUCGGGACCAUUGGGAUCUGGCUCUGAGAUUCUACAACAACUUAGCAGCGGAAUGUAUCAGCUAUUCUUCGGUCGAACUUAAGCAAAAACAUUUUACACGACAUAACUAUCAAAAUCAUUUUAGCUCAUCUUGCAUAUGCUUAGCAUAAAUAAAUUCUCAACUGCACCAAAUAACAGCGUGAACUAAGAAGGGCUUGUGAAAGAAAUCGACAAGUUUCAAUUUUCGCUUAAAGAACGUAUAAACACAUACAUAUAAAUAUCUAUGAAAAACCAACAAGCAAAAAAUUAGAUUUAUUUUCAGCCAGGUAGCAUAUUCGUACCUUUCAAACUUAACUUAAAUGUUAUCUCUAUACUAGCAUAUUUAGUUAAAAUGCUAACCUUACUUACGUACAAACUUACAUACAUACCUACAUAUAUCAAAAUGAGGUUGACGUUGUGUUAAACACAAAGUAAGCAAAUAAAAGUUUACAUAUUUCCGAAAUUUAAGGUGAAAUACAAAUACCCUGUAUGCAUAUGCAUCAUUUUAAAAACUGAAAUUAAAAAUUAAUACCCACAUUUAAUGUACUAGAAAAAAGGGAAUCUAAUUCAAUUUAAACCUUGUAUUUACUUAUACAUAUUAACAUUUACAGGAAUUACAAACUACAAACCAUUAGCAAAUUUUCAGCAAAAUAUAUUAAUGUAUUUACAUAUUUAAUAUUAUAUGUUGAUGUUCACAAAGGAAUCUCGAUGUUUUAUUAAACAAGUAUACCUAUAUAUAAGUGAAUUGGGGCAAAAAGCCCAAAAGUAUACAUGCAUACAUACACACAUAUAAUACAUCCAAAUGUAGGUGAAUUAGUAGGUGUACGUAGUGUUUAGCUCAGUACAAAAUAGUGAAAGUGACUAAAGUAAAGCCAAUUAUUAAUAUAAUAUUUUUUGUAACUUUCAAAAAGUU